GGCGGGGUAUCCGGCGGGGCGGACCCCUUGGCGCGGCCGGGCGGGGUUAAAGGGUUGGGCCGUGGGACGGCGCGGUCAGAUCCCAGGUAGUGGCGCCGGUGGAUCCGGAUCGAGGGCAGGAGGCUAAGACCCGCGGGUGCUGGCCCUAAAGCAAGGAUCUGAGUGCAAGUAAUUUUUUUGGGAAGUGAUCGCAGAAAAUACCAGCAAGGAAGAAGAAAGUGAACCCAAAAGAAUUGAAAACAGGAUGCUGCCCAUCACAGACCACCUGCUGCACCUCCUGGGGCUGGAGAAGACGACGUUCCGCAUAUACGCAGUGUCCACCCUUCUCCUCUUCCUGCUCUUCUUCCUGUUCCGCCUGCUGCUGCGGUUCCUGAGGCUCUGCCGGAGCUUCUACAUCACCUGCCGCCGGCUGCGCUGCUUCCCCCAGCCUCCCCGGCGCAACUGGCUGCUGGGCCACCUGGGCAUGUACCUUCCAAAUGAGGCGGGCCUCCAAGAUGAGAAGAAGGUACUAGACAACAUGCACCAUAUACUCUUGGUGUGGAUGGGACCUGUCCUGCCGCUGUUGGUUCUGGUGCACCCCGAUUACAUCAAGCCCAUUUUGGGAGCCUCAGCUGCCAUCGCCCCCAAGGAUGACCUCUUCUAUGGCUUCCUAAAACCUUGGCUAGGGGAUGGGCUGCUGCUCAGCAAAGGUGACAAGUGGAGCCGGCACCGUCGCCUGCUGACACCUGCCUUCCACUUUGACAUCCUGAAGCCUUAUAUGAAGAUCUUCAACCAGUGCACUGACGUUAUGCAUGCUAAAUGGCGGCGUCUGGCAGAGGGCUCAGUGGUCUCCCUUGAUAUGUUUGAGCAUAUCAGCCUCAUGACCCUGGACAGUCUUCAGAAAUGCGUCUUCAGCUACAACAGCAACUGCCAAGAGAAGAUGAGUGAUUAUAUCUCCGCUAUCAUUGAACUGAGCGCUCUGGCUGUCCGGCGUCAGUAUCGCUUGCACCAUUACCUUGACUUCAUUUACUACCGCUCGGCGGAUGGGCGGAGGUUCCGGCAGGCCUGUGACAUGGUACACCACUUCACCACUGAAGUUAUCCAGGAACGGCGGCGGGCACUGCAUGAGCAGGGGGCCGAGGCCUGGCUUAAGGCCAAGCAAGGGAAGACCUUGGACUUCAUUGAUGUGCUGCUCCUAGCCAGGGAUGAAGAUGGAAAGGAACUGUCAGACGAGGAUAUCCGAGCUGAGGCAGACACCUUCAUGUUUGAGGGUCACGACACAACAUCCAGUGGGCUCUCCUGGGUGCUGUUCAAUUUGGCAAAGUAUCCGGAAUACCAGGAGAAAUGCCGGGAAGAGAUUCAGGAAGUCAUGAAAGGCCGGGAGCUGGAGGAGCUGGAGUGGGACGAUCUGACUCAGCUGCCCUUCACAACUAUGUGCAUUAAGGAGAGCCUGCGCCAGUACCCACCCGUCACUCUUGUCUCUCGCCAAUGCACGGAGGACAUCAAGCUCCCAGAUGGGCGCAUCAUCCCCAAAGGAAUCAUCUGUUUGGUCAGCAUCUAUGGAACCCACCACAACCCCACAGUGUGGCCUGACUCCAAGGUGUACAACCCCUACCGCUUUGAUCCGGACAACCCACAGCAGCGCUCUCCAUUGGCGUACGUGCCCUUCUCUGCAGGACCCAGGAACUGCAUCGGACAGAGCUUCGCCAUGGCCGAGAUGCGCGUGGUUGUGGCACUAACACUGCUACGUUUCCGCCUGAGCGUGGACCGAACGCGCAAGGUGCGGCGGAAGCCGGAGCUCAUCCUGCGCACGGAGAGUGGGAUCUGGCUCAAGGUGGAGCCCCUGCCUCCGCGGGCCUGAGCGUGGGCGCGAUCCCUGCGGAUCCCAGGGGUCCAGGCCCCUCCCAGACGGGCCGAGGCCACGCCCCCGAAGGACCAGGACUCGCCCCAAAGAUCCCGAGGGAAUAGGCCACUCCCCUCGAAGUUCUGGUUCAGCUCCUGGAUGACCAGGCACCGCUGUUGAGCAGCCUGAUGGUGCUGGCCACGCCCCUCAAGGCAAGGCUCUGCCCCUUAGGGGGUCUGAUCCCGCCCCUUGAGGCUUAGGUCCCGCCCCCUGAGUUCUCGCACCUGUCCUGUUUGAGGGACCAGGCUCAGCCCUGCCCACUUGGGCUCAGGUCCCGCCCUUCAGGAUCAGGCCCCGCCCCCAGGAUCCUGCGGAUUGAGGUCCUCAGGCCACGCCCCUGCAGAUCCAGGUCUCCAGUACUUGCCCACUGAGCCUUCAGAGGACCUAAGCCCCACCUCUGACUCAGGGCUCACCCCCUCCUGGCUGAACCCCUGGCAGGCUUCCAAAUUGAGGAAAUCUGGAGCCUGACGUCAGAGCUUUUAACCCGGACAUCACCCACCUGAGGCCCUCAGCUCAUAUGGGCAGACUGCUGAGGCGUGAGGCUGGAUCGUAGGGCUCGAGGCUGCUUACUUUUGUUGUUGUUUUGUAAACUCAGACCCUUGUAAGCCCCUUCCUUCCUCCCUUGCCCAAAGACCCUUUGCUGAGUGUUCUGUUUUUGUAGAAUAAAAGCAAAGGAUGCAGACCUACCCCACCCUCCACCCCCUAACUCAGCCAGACCCUUACACGUGGAGCCCCCAGCAUGGGAAUGAGGGGCUCUGCAACUGAGCGAAGCUGUGGGCUAGGAGGCUGGAAAGCCAUUUGUCCUAGGACAUAAACUCAGAUUUUGGGGGUCA